ACAGCCCAAAGGCCCGCCGGGCCUGCUCUGCCCCCUUCCUCGCCCCUCGGUGUAACCUGACCUGAGCAAGCACGCCAGCACCAGCGCAGCUGUCGGCGGCGGGCGGAGCUCCCUUCCUGGCGCCGCGAGCAGGCUGCGCUCCCCGGGGCCGCGCGUCCGCUGCCCGCUCUCCUUCCCGGGAGGAGGCGGCGGCGGCGGCAUGGCCCCGGGCUGGGGUGCGGGAAGCGCCCUGCUCCUCCUGCUCGCCCUUAGCCGAGAAGCGCUCGCAGUGUCAUUUUAUGGUGAAAGCUACGUACAGUUCAAUAUUGCUGAAUCAUCAUCCUCUACAACAUCACUGCAAUUACGUUUUCGAACAAGUAGACCUGAUGGGUUGCUGUUUCUUGCUGCAGGAAAAGAAAGCUAUAUUUUUGUGGAAUUAGAUUCUGGAAAUGUACAGGUGAGAAUCGAUCUUGGAGCAGGCGAACAAGUCCUCCGUUCCCAGUGGAGUUCCCAUCUAAAUGAUUUAGCUUGGCACUCAGUGAAAGUCUUGCAUGAAAGCAAUAAUGUCACUCUAAUAAUUGACAACCACCAUCAAACUAGUACAAGAAUGCCAGGUGUUCUGGUUGAGCUAAACAUCCAACAUGGACUCUAUGUUGGCGGGAGCAGAGGCCUUGAUGUCCCUUACCUCGAUGGUGCACAAACAAAUUUCCGAGGCUGUAUUGAUGAUGUGGUAUUUAACCAGCAUGACAUCCUGGCAUCUCUGAGAUCUUCUCCUAGAUUUAAGCAUGUUCAUGAAGUGUCCCUGAGCUGCAGUGAUGAAUUUUUUGCAGGUGAAGAUGAACCCAUAAGUUUCUUUAGUUCCAAGUCCUAUGUUUCAUUCCCUUUGUGGAAUGUUCAGAAAGAAGGGAUCUUGGAGUGUACAGUGCAAACCACAGCUGAACAAGGCUUGCUGUUCUACAGUUCUGGUCAAACAGGAGACUUUGUUGUAAUGGAAAUAGAAAAUGGUCUCAUUAAAGCUCAUGUAGGAAUGGAGAAGAGUACAAUUCAGCUUUCUUCUCUUAGUCCAGUCAGUGAUAACCAAUGGCACGUUGUUGCACUGACAUUUUCAGCAGAAUAUAUUGAACUCGCAGUAGAAAAAGAAAUAGUGAAGAAAUCACUGCCCUUGCACAGCAAACUUCCUGUUCUUAGGGGAGCCCUUUAUAUAGGUGGAGUAAAUGAUGCUAUCCGCGCAGAAGUCCUGAAGCUAAAGUUAGCCUCGGUUUCUGGGAGAUAUGCUCAAGGAGGGUCUUUCCAAGGGUGUUUGAGGGAUUUGAAAAUCAAUUCCAAAAGGAAAUCCUUGCAGGAUGUUCUUGUCACUAAGGAUAUUUCAGUAGGAUGCAAAAUUGAGAGUGCCGUGAAUAGAAAUCCUAUUGCAGCACCCAUAAAACGACCUGCUGCAACAGCAGUUUCCAUUUCUGCCCUUGGUCCUAUAGUCUCCAAGCCUUAUGGAGAAGGGAGUCAUGACCAUUUUUUGGUUGUAAACAACUUGAUUGUUCCAGAAGGCGGGCAAGCUGCCCUCGAAUCUAAGCAUAUUAAAGUAAAUGUGGAAUUCAAGCGAUUAGGCAUUCGUCAGUCACAAAUCCUUUUUAAAAUUAAAGACCAGCCUUCCCAUGGCUAUUUGAGAUUGGAUCUUGAACCAGACCAGGAGGAGUCCACAUUUACCAUGCUAGAUUUGUGGCAAGGCAGAGUUCUAUACGUCCAUGAUGGCUCCGAGGAAAGCUAUGAUUAUUUCACUUUCUCCAUUUCCACAAGCAGUAAAAGAGAGGUGCCUCCAUAUCUACAGGGAAAGAAGGAAUACAUGUUUACCAUUACAGUGAGGCCAAUAAAUGAUGCCCCAGAACUCACACUUCCAAAUGGAAAUGUGUUUGUUUUGUUAGAACACACUAAGAAACUCUUGAGCAUGGAUUCAGUUAAUAUUUCAGACAGUGAUACAAGUUCUGCAGAUCUCAGUAUUAUGGUCUUUGGAAAUCUGAAUGCAGAUGCAGGAUUUCUAGAAAACUCCAAAGCUCCCGGAAAGGCUAUUACUGCUUUUUCUUAUGAGGAUUUAAAAAAUGGCAAUGUUUUCUUUAUCCACACUGGAGUUAAGAAUUCCAGGAUUGUUCUACGAGCGAGUGAUGGGGAGAAAGUCAGCAACACAGUUGUCUUGCGCAUUGUGGCUGUUCCUUUAGAAUACAAAUUGGUCAACAACACAGGAGUUGAUGUGCUACAAGGUGAUGCAGCUUUGAUAACACUCAGUCAUUUGGCCAUUGAAACAAAUGCUUUCCAACAAGAGGUGGAGAUACGAUACGAGAUCACAGAGCCACCCCAGUAUGGAGAAAUUCAGAGGCGACAUGGUGGAGAAUGGAAACAAACCAGCUCUUUUUCUCAACGGUCUGUUGAACGUGGCCGUGUGCGAUAUGCUUGUACCUCCAAAGAGAUGCAGCAAGAUAAUACCCUAGAACACUUCAAAUUUAAAGUUAGCAUUGGCAGCAAAAUAAGUGAAGAAUUUCUGUUUCCAAUCAUGGUGAAAUGGCUGAGGUAUAAUUUACUGGGACAUUUAUCAUUAGUUAUUGAUAAGGAAAAUAAAGAGUACCUCAGUCCAAGUAAUCUUCUUGCUGUGAUUACGGGAUUAGAAGUACCAGAAAAUGAAAUUCAGUACAAGUUGCAGUCUCUGCCUGAGAAAGGGAAUGUCCUGCUCAACAAAGUACCCCUUCAAAUAAAUUCAACCUUCAGUCAGCAGAACAUUUCUGAUGGCAAAGUAGAAUAUGAGUUAAUCAGUAGGCCCCAUGAGGAAACUCAGGACUCGUUUAGAUUCCUAAUAUCUACAAAAUAUGUGGAAUCAGAUAUGUACGAUUUCAAAAUCAGCAUUAAAAUGGACCCACGGAGCAUUCUUUUGACAAACAAUGGACUCACUGUUACUGAGGGUGAAGGAAAAGUGAUUACAAAAUCGGAAUUAUUUGCACAAACCCUUUACAAUAAGGCCUUCCAGUAUAAAGUUACAAAGAGUCCUCGUCAUGGAAAGUUAACCCUUAUUAAUUUUUCUGAUUCUCUGGAAAGUAACUAUAAUCUUAGUAGCUUCACAAAUCAGGAUAUAAUUGGUAAACAACUCAUGUACAUACAUGAUGAUUCUGAGACACUGAGUGAUGACAUUCAUAUCACAGCGACUGCUGUAGAAUCCAGCUCUGACACAGAAGCUGGACCUCCAUUAUCAGCAGAGAUAACAUUUAACAUUUCGAUCCAACUGGAAAAUGAUGAGAAACCAGUUCGUGUAGUAGAUAAAAUAUUUCAUGUUGUCAAGAAUGGGAAGAAAAUGUUGACCUUGGCUGAUCUUUGCUAUCAUGAUCCUGAUACUGAUUUUGAUGACCAUCAAUUGUUAUAUACCAGGCGUGGCAUUCCUAAUGGAGACUUAGUUCUUGUCAAUGACACCUCUCACAGGCUUUACCAGUUCAAGCAAGAGGACCUGGCACAGAAACGAGUCUUGUUUAUACAUUAUGGGGCAAACUAUGGUCGCUUUGUGCUGUUCAUCACCGAUGGGAAGCACUAUACGUCCUCCCUGCUAGAAGUAAGUGCUUCAGACCCCUAUGUCCAUCUAGCAAACAAUUCAGGAUUAUUGAUCCAGAAAGGAAGAGAGGGAAUGAUCACUACAGCCAAUCUGAGUGCUUCCACAAACCAAGACAUUAGAAGUGAUCAUGAAAUUGUAUUUGAGAUAUUUUCCCUUCCAAAGUAUGGACAAGUCUUUGUAAAUAACCUGGCAUUGAGCACUUUCACUCAGCAUGAUCUCAAAAUGGGACAUGUGGUGUACAGGCACGAUGACAGUAACAAUUUAGUGGACACAUUUAGCUUUAGAGUUGAUGCUAAAGGUGUCCAACUGGAUGCAGGAAUGAAUAUUCGUAUGUACUUGGAAAGUCAUCAGCGCCCACCAACUAUUGUACAGAACAGCAGCCUUUUGGUUGAAGAAGGAAAACCAGUCAAAAUUAGUAAAGGAAAACUGCUGGUUGUGCAUGAAAACAGUGCACCGUCAGAGAUUGAGUUCAAAGUAAUGACACCUCCAGUCUACGGAUAUCUUCGGAAAUUUACAUCUGAAGAAGGUUACCUUGGAGCAGAAGCAAAUCCAGUUUUGACCUUUACUCAGCAAGAUAUCAAUGAUGGGAGUAUCCAGUAUGUGCAGACUAUUUCCAAUCAGCUACGGGACCAGUUUUCAAUGGAUGUGACCAAUGGCAUUCAGGCAGUCAGUGGAAUAGUAAUUGCUGUAGACAUCAUGCCAAAGGUGAUCCCAUUAGAAGUACAAAACUUCACAGUUGCAGAAGGGGGUUCAAAAGCCCUGGAGGAACAUUUUCUAAAUAUCCCUAACAGCCAUUUUGCAGGACUCAAUUGUGAAUAUGAUUUAGUUGAGCCACCAAAGCAUGGGCGUAUUGUAAAUUCUUACUUUCCUGGAAUGGGGAUAAUCAAAUUUACCAGGAAACAGGUAGAACAAGGAUUAAUUUUCUAUAUUCAUGAUGACAGCGAACAACUGCUUGACAAUUUCACCAUCAUUGCAAAGAGCACAGAACUGUGGAAACAGAGCUUGCCUGAAGUGGUGUUUGUGACUAUUACACCUGUCAAUGAUGAAGCUCCCGUUAUAAAGAGAAACAAAAUACUUAGGGUCUGGGUAGGAUCAGUCACUGAAAUAACCACAAAUGAGCUCUGUGCAGAAGACAGAGAUUCCACUCCAGCAGAACUCUUAUAUUCUGUUUCUCCUCCAAAUAAUGGUCACUUGGCUCUCAAGUCUUCACCAAACAAAAGUAUCCUUAAUUUUACCCAAGCCCACAUUGAGGAAGGACAACUGGUAUUCGUCCAUAGUGGAGCAAUGUCUGGAGGCUUCAAUUUUCAGGUUAUGGAUGGCUUGAAUUUUGCACCCCGACAAAUUUUUAGCAUCACGGCUCAAGCUCUAAGUAUACACCUAGAAAAUAACAACAGGCUGGGGGUAUUUCCAGGUUCCAGGAAACCACUAACUUCCAACAAUCUGAAAGCUAUAACAAAUGAUGCUAUUGAGGCAGAAAACAGAACUAUUGUUUUUACAGUUGCAAAGCCCCCCAAACUUGGAAGACUCAUCAGUGUCCUCUCUGGUAAUAGCACACAAGAUAUUUCAAGGUUUACGCAAUCUAUGGUGAAUGACGGUAUGGUCCUCUAUGAACACACAAACAAAGAAGCCAUUGGCUGGAAUACACAGGAUUAUUUUACAUUUACAGUCUCCUCCCCACCAGCAGCCCUGGGUCCCCAGGUGUUUCACAUUAAUAUUUCUUAUGAUAUUAAAGGGCAUGAUCAGAGCAGCCGGCUACUUGCAAACACAGGUGCUGUUGUCCAGGAAGGAGCCAAAGUUUCAAUUGACAAAACUAACCUAGAUGCUUCAAAUCUGUUGCUUAAAUUCCCUGAGGCACAACGUCCUGCAUAUGAAGUGUGGUAUCAAGUUACAUCAUUGCCCCAACAUGGCAGAAUUGUUGUAGGAGAAAGAAGUAUUACCAGAGAGAAGCCUAAUUUCUCUCAAUACAUCAUUGACAAAUUUGGCAUCACCUACAUACAUGAUGGCUCUGAAUCACUCGCAGAUCAGUUUGCCUUUGCUGUGUGGUUAAACCAGAAAGGCAAGUCUGCAACAAAGUCCGUUUCAGAUGUUUUAGAAGAGAAAUUUAAUAUCACAAUUGUACCAGUGAAUGACCAAGCUCCAGAGCUAAAGACUAAAGUGCUACAUUUGAACGUUUUACAAGGUGAUACAGCAGUUCUGGGGCCAGAAAACUUGAAAGUUGAAGAUGCAGAUAACACCCCAGAAGAGAUCAAAUACACCAUCCUAAGCAGUCCCCAAAAUGGCUACAUAACGCUGAGGUCUCUUCUCAAUGAAUCCAUCAAAGAUUUCACCCAAGCUGAUGUUGAUAAUGGCAGGGUAUUGUUUGUACAAGAUGGAAGUACUUCAUCAGGUGUUUUCUACUUUAGUGUGACAGAUGGGACACACCGUCCUCUGUACAAACUCUUUAAUCUUGAAGUUACGCCCGCAUCCGUCACCUUGGUCAAUUUGACAGAGGUGGUACUUCUUCAGGGACAGAACACUGUUGCUAUUACAAACAUGCAGCUUUCAGCUACAACCAACAGAAAAAACACUGAGAUCAGCUUUGAAGUAACAGAGCCCCUCAGAAAUGGGCAUCUACUGGUUAGCAACAAAGAGGUGAUGAAGUUUCAGCAAGCAGAUUUAUAUGCAGGGAGACUGCUGUAUCGUAUGACAGACCUCACCACAUCUAGAGACAGGCUGGAAUUUGCGGUGAUCACCCGAGACCAUAAUCUAACAGGACAGGUUCUGAAUAUCACAAUACAGCCUCUUGUGCAAAUGGCACCAGUCUUGAACAUUCCAAAUUGGAUGGCUUACAGACUAAAGACUAGCGACUUAGAUGCUACCCAGUUAGCAAACCUGACAAAUAGCAACCCCAGGUUUGAAGUGAUUGUGCCUCCCGCCUAUGGAAGAGUGGUAAGGAGGUCAUUAGCCAACACUAAAAGUGAAGGACUGUCUGUAUUCACACAGGGUGACAUUGACCGUGGUGUUAUAUUCCUUGAAGUCAAUGCCAGCAUGACUGGCGUUGAUGUAUUAAAUGACUCCUUCACAUUUAGACUCAGAGCAGACAAUGUGCAGCCUGCCACAGGUCACUUUUAUUAUGGCAUAGUGCCACAGAGUCCUUUACUAGUCCAAGCACUUACAUCAGAAGUGCAAACUAGUGCACACCUCUUAACCAUUGCAAGCAUUUUAAAGAGUUAUACCAUGACAACAAAUGAACCUCCGCUUCUUCCAAAGGAUGAGGCACACACACAAGCACCAGGACAGACGGCACAGACCUGGUGGCGCAACCGAAAUCGCUGGGGGCAUCAAGACGAUAACGAUGUCUUGUUUGCUGAAGAAGUUGCAAGAGGAAGAUCUAUUUGGGCCAAGACAACGAUGAAAACAAGCUCCACAAGCACCUCGGUUCAGCCUCAGGAUAACAGCAGUCGACUGCUUAUCAUUGUCCCACUUGCCUCUGUGGCAAUUGUAUUCACUGUGGCAGCCGUUGCUUUUUGCAUCUUCCUCCUGUGUCACAAACGCACAAAAGCAAAACUCCUUAUUGCAGACCAGCCGCUAACAGUUCCCAGCAGCCCAGUCUUUUGUCCAGAGAGGAGCUUAACCGUCCCUACUGUCACAGUGACACCCAUUAUAAAAGUUACAGGCAACACAGCCGCUGUCCCCUUUGUGGCCAUCAGACAGGAGCAGUUUCAUCCUGUCCCACCUGCACCAGCUCCAGCUCCAAAAGGUCUUCAACAAAGUCCCUGGUCCAAACUUGACCCAGGCAUGAUCCAACACGGUUGUAAAACCAACCCAGCUUUGAAAUGCAAUCAGUAUUGGGUGUAGUGUGCUACUGGAGAAACACGUGGACUACUUUGGACUAUAUAUGUGGACUACUUUGAGAAACAUGAGGACUGCUGUAUCUAAUAUUGACAUUUGGCUGUUCUUUAUUAUACCUGUUUAUUUGGAGUUAAAAAUAUGCAUUCCCUGACUGUUGUAUCACUAGCAGCUCAGGCAAGACCAGGGGUUCCCAACCUUGCAUGCCCAGAUGUUGGGCUACAAUUCCCGUCAUGCCUAUCCACAAUGGCCAAAGUCAUGAUGGCAGUUGUAGUCCAACUACAUCUGGGCACCCAAGCAUGGGAACCCCUGAACCAGAAAAUGAAAAGGGUAAGUACCCAAUAUAGAUAUAACACAAAACAGAGUACCUAAUAAAUAGAGAUAUAUAUUUCGAUAACAGAAUGUAUAACAGAUUCCUGAAUAAUAUAGAAAACAAUAAAUAAUUUAUAUAAAGAACAAAAUGCGAGGAUAUAUAGAUGACUAAUAAGGGAGUAUCAGGAUAUAGGAAUGCACAAAUGAAGAUUCCUUUCUGUUCCGGUCAACAGAGCAGUGACUUCUGCCUGUUGCACUUUGGGACCUGGGCGAAGCUACAGAUCCAGCUCAUGCUUCAUGUUCCAGCAGUGAACAGCAAGGACUCUGAGAUGGAAAAUGUCCAUCCAAAGUCUGAGUUCAGAUACUGGCAGAUUGCUGGUCCGGCCCCAACACUAUGGAUCCGAUGAGAUGUAAAACCAAACAUGUAAAGACCCAGUCUGCCACUGGGCAUGAUCCCUGUGCUCAUUCAUAUGACCAGUAAUCAAACCCUGGUUUCCAGUUCCAUUUUUCAGGGCUUGUGAAAACUGCACUACAGUUGCCAGUUCAUAUCUGAUGGCAAGCUAUGGUUUGCCAAAAGGAAAAAGCGGAAGUUAUUAAUCAAGCAGAGCGCACAAGAAGUGUCUGAGUAGAGGGCUCAUUCAUGUAAUGCCAAGCUAUGUUUUGCUGUUACAUAUGAACUAACCCACUUGGUGAGUGCAUACCACUGUGUCCUGUGGCUUCAGCGUUUCAUGUUUAGCAUUUGAAUGCCAUGGGUAAUUAGGUGAUUUGUGGUUCAGUUGUUGGCAGAAUACUAUAUUAGUUCUGCAAUCUUGCAGGAAUGUGUACAUAUGUUCCUAUGUGCUAACUUUAUUUUUUUAAAUCAAACUUGUUAUCCGUAAUGUUGCAUUCUUCUCCCACAUCCUGAGCCGACUUGCUUUCAAUAGGAUGUGGAUGUUUUUUCCAAAUAAUGGCCAUGGUGCUAAUCUCUACAAUGUCAUUUUGACCUCCGCACAGUUUGAAGGCCAAGGCUAAGACAAACAAAACUGUGAUUAUUGUGACAGGUAUUUGUUUAGGUCACUAAGCAAGAAACCCAUUAUUUUUCUGAGCACUUAAAAUUGUUGGCAUAAAACACUUGCUACUGUGAGCAUUUACUUCUUCACUUAUUUAUUGUUAUAAACCAUGAGACUUGGACAGCCUUGCAGAAUGUUGUUUAAAAAUGCAUGCUUCCCCUUUAUCCAUACGGCAAAUAUGUGUGGCCGUCGGCCAGUCUGCAACAUUA